AUGGUCCAGCUCCCUGCUCUGCUCCACAAGGCCUACCGUGGAGGCCGCUUAACCAUCCUUCUUUCCCUGGGUAGUUGCACCAACCGGCCUUUCUACCACAUCGUGGCGGCUCCCAACAAGUAUCCCAGCGAUGGCCGGCACUGGAUCGGCUGUGGGGUCCGUCUCUCCAAACUUGUGGAAAAGCUUCUGGGUCUUUCUGGCUUUUUCCCUCUGCCUCCCGUGCUGAUCACAAAUGCUGAGAGGCUGCGACGGAAACGGGCACGUGAAAUCCUCUUCGCGUCACAGAAAACAGAUGCAAAGGCUGCAGAAACAAAAGCAAGCUGGCUUCAGUGA